CUUUCCUAUGCCUGGGAUUCUUCUUCUUCCCAGAUGUUGCCACCUGCAUUGACCACGAACCCAAAAAUCUCCUAAUCCCAUUCUCCAUCAUCAUCAUCAUCAUCACAACAGUUGCAAUCGCCCGCCGCCACUAUCUCCGGACCCGCCGCCAUUGCUAUCUGGUCGACUUCGCGUGCUACAAGCCGCCAUCGGAGCGCGAGAUGAACACAGAAGCGAGCAUAUAUUUCUCCAUAAAGCACCACGGGGCGCAGGACGGGGACUCUGAGACCGAAAAACUGAGAACUGCGGAGCGCCUGGGAUUCCAAUGGAAGAUUUAUCUGCGCUCCGGAGUGGGCGAACAGACCUGCGCGUCGCGCCUCUUCUUUGACGCCUCCGGCCGCGUGACGCCCACCAUGGAAGAAGCCCAGAUCGAGAUGGAAGAAUGCUUCGUUGCGGUUCUCGACAAACUGUUCGCGAAGACGGGAGUGGUAGCGGCCGAAAUCGACAUACUGAUCGUGAACGUCUCGACCUUCAGCCCGGCGCCGUCACUGGCGGCGUGGAUCGUGAAUCGGUACAAGAUGAAGGAGAGCGUGAAAAGCUUCAAUCUUGCCGGAAUGGGCUGCAGCGCGAGUGUAAUUGCAGUCGACAUGGCGUACUGGCUGCUCAACUCAGCCGCCAAUCCAGACGCCUAUGCUCUUCUCGUGGGCACAGAGAACAUCACCCUGAACGGCAGUUAUACGGGAUCGGACAAGUCCAUGAUGCUCACGAAUUGCCUGUUCCGGGUGGGGGGAAACGCUGUGCUACUUUCCAACAAGCCCGCAGAAGCCAAGCGGGCCAAAAUGAGGCUUCUGCACACUGUGAGAACCAAUUUGGCCGCCCGCCAGGAGGCCUAUGAUUGCAUAAUGGUGAAGGAAGAUGAUGAGGGGCGUUACGGCAUAAGUCUGCUACAUUCAAUCAUUUCAACCGCUGGGGAUGCCCUUAGGACCAAUUUGGGUACUCUUGGCCCCCGGGUUCUUCCCCUCCGGGAACAGCUCUUGUAUGCUUAUACUACUCUGGCUAUUAAGUUCUUCAAGGUCGACUGGAAGCCUUAUAUUCCCAAUUUCAGGACUGCGUUUCAGCACUUUUGUAUUCACCCUGGUGGGCGCUCUGUUAUCACUGGUAUUGGGAAAAGCUUAAAGCUCACGGAUUAUGACUUGGAGCCCUCUCGUAUGUCGCUUUUUCGGUUUGGGAACACUUCGACCAGUGGUGUCUGGUAUGAAGUGGCUUACUUGGAAGCCAAGAGGCGUCUCAAAGUGGGCGACCGACUGGUGCAGAUUGCGUUGGGUUCUGGGUUUAAGUGUAAUACGGCUGUUUGGGAAGUUCUGAGAGAGACCCAUUGUUCUGAAAGUACUGUUUGGGAUGACUGCAUUCAUAGGUAUCCAUGCAAUACACGUAAAAAUUUGGGCGAUGAUCAUUGUAACAAGUGGCUGUUCCCUUCCACCGCCUCAACUCAGAUUUGAGUUUGUCUCGACUGGACUCGAUUUCUGGUUUUUACUAGUGAAAUGAGCUAGGAUUUCAUAAGGUAAGAUAAUAUUAGGAUAUAUUUUUUUAUCGUAGAAGAUUUGAACCAAGAUUAUUUAGUUAAUUACAAUAUGGUUUAUAUCAAUAAUUGUUGAUAUAGAGUUUGAGAAGGGGAAAAUACAAUUUCUUUCAAAUAUUUAAGCUAAUAAAUAAAUAAAAAGAUCUCGACUCA